UAUAUUAAGCUAUUCAAAUUAGAACUCUACCCAACACAGAGUACCUAAAAGCCAAAACUAAGUGUCUGAAAAUAUAGUUCCCCUGGCUUUUAUAUUAUUGCCUUGGCUGCCAAAAAUAAGAAAAGAAAUAAAGUUCUGACUGCAAAAAGCUGGCCUGUCACUCUGAUAAUCCAUAGAGUGGUGCAUCCCUUUUUUCAAUUAAAAAAUACAUUCUCAGAUAAUUUAGGUUUCUAAAAUAACUAUAUAGCAUCCAGUCUGAUUCUAGUCUAUUCAGAACAUAUAAAAGACAACUUAUAUUAAAUAUGGGGAAAGUAUAUUCACAGCCCACUUAAAAACACCUUGUAAUGCUUCCAAAUUAUCCUCAGAUGCUGACUCUUCCUAAAUUAUAGAACAGCUACAGAAUAUUCCUCUCUAUGUGCUCCUGCAUACGGCUCCUGGAUUUUUAGAAGAGAGAUGGGAAAUUGUGGGCAAUGAUGGCCUGUUCCUUGGAUAGAGGUUGGGCCCAUAUUGACUCGUGGUGGGACCUCCAGGGAUGGGUGGAUAGUGGACUACUUCCACAUCUAUGGGCCAGGCCAGAGAUAUUUGAACAGGAGAAACUGGGCAGGAGCAGGGAGCCAAAUGCACAGAGCAUGAAAUUAAAAUGUGAAUUGAAGAGUAUGCUGGCAAUAUACUUAAAGUUUUAUGUGGAUCAGGGUCACUCUCCAGAGCACGUGGCUGGUCACCAUCUGUACUUAAUGGAUGCAAAGCCACCAACAGGUUGGAAUGGGCGAUACGGCUAUCGCCGCAACACUCCUGAUCUUCGCACUCAUUCUUCUUGCUUUGGUGAAGUAACAUGGCUCCCCAUCCACUGAAAAAAAUCAAAUUAUAUCAAUCUGUCUCUUCUUCUGACUAAGUGGUCUUGAUAUGUUUUGUUUGUUCCUGAUCUUUCCAAAAUAAUAAAAUACUUUUAAUUUUCUUA